AUGUCACGCAAACUUUUCUCUCUGAACUCUCUCCUUGAGAGAAGGAAGCCUCAAGACAGAACAGAUGAAUUAGCCAUUGUGAAAGCAGCUGCAUGGGCAUGGUACCAACAUGGUUCAGGCUCUAAAAGAAAGGCUAUGAGUGAGUUUCAUGUUACAAGAACUCAACGUGCUUUUAGGCCUUCUCGUUACAAGUUAGAAGCAAUGAGAAUGACCAAGGAAGCAAAUGAAGGACCCUCAAUUCACACCAACAAAUCUCUUCUUGACACAUACGAAAUACAAAGCAUUUCAAGGCAAUUGGAGAGGCUUAUAGAGUCUGGCCACAACAAACUUGGUAAUGGAAACAACUCUACAAAUAAUGCUGGUUUGAACAAUGGUAAUAGAAGGAUGAUAAAUAAGAAGAAAAGCUUCAGUAAAGGGUUUUGGCCAAGGCAUGUUGUUGUAUGUGGCAGAGUGGAAGAUGUGGUUCUGCCAAGGGCCAAUAGUGCUUUGUGA